UACAACACCUUAUAAAACGGAAGUUUCUGCUGUUUCUGUUCUUUUUAACUGUUGUAUAUGUCUUCAGUCCUCCCAUAGAUUUGAUUUCCCUCCGCACAAAACCUGCACGCACACUGAUUGUAUCUAACAGUAAUACUGUUGUCUUCCACCUCUCCUUUCGGAAGUUCUCUCUCUCUCUCUCUGUGUCUCAAAUCUGCUCUGCAGUGCACUCUUCUCCACCCCCAUCCCGCAGCCACUACCAAAGCUCUCUGCUUUUUGGCUAAACAAAUGGAGAGCUUCGCACUGCAUUCUAUCUCCACCUCCUUCUCUCUCCCCUCCCGCACUUCGUUCCUCCUCCACCGCUCCCGCCCCAUCUCCAAAUCCCCACCUUUCCUUCCUACCCUCCGAUAUUCCUCCUCCUCCUCCUUCUCCACCUUCUCCUCCUCUUCCUUUCCCCCUAUCCCAAAGCCUUCCCUCCUUAAAUCACGUCUAUCACCAAUUCACGCCUCCUCUUCCUCCAAAACCACAAACCCAUCUCCGCCUCCUCCUCCUCAAGGUGCCAAACCCAUCCCGUUCAUAAUCUCAAUCUCUAUUGGCCUCAUUGUCCGCUUUCUCGUCCCCAAACCCCCACAAGUCACUCCCCAGGCCUGGCAAUUACUCUCCAUCUUCCUCUCCACCGUCGCCGGCCUCGUCUUGAGCCCAUUGCCCGUCGGCGCUUGGGCUUUCCUCGGCCUCACCUCCUCCAUCGUCACCAAAACGCUGACCUUCUCCAGCGCCUUCGCCGCGUUCACCAACGAGGUCAUCUGGCUGAUUGUCAUCUCCUUCUUCUUCGCCCGCGGUUUCGUGAAGACCGGGUUGGGGGAUAGGAUCGCCACCUAUUUCGUCAAGUGGUUGGGGAAAAGUACCCUGGGGUUGUCAUACGGCUUGACGAUUAGCGAGGUGCUUAUCGCGCCGGCAAUGCCGAGCACCACCGCGAGGGCUGGUGGCGUGUUCUUGCCGAUAAUCAAGUCAUUGUCGCUUUCAGCCGGGAGCAAACCGGGGGAUCCCUCGGCAAGAAAGCUCGGGUCUUAUCUCAUUCAGUCCCAAUUUCAGUCUGCUUGUAACUCUAGUGCUCUUUUCCUAACUGCUGCAGCUCAAAACCUGCUCUGCCUCAAAUUAGCCGAGGAGCUAGGGGUGGUCAUUACAAGCCCCUGGAUUUCUUGGUUGAAGGCUGCUAGUUUGCCAGCACUUGUCUGUCUCCUAGCUACUCCAUUAAUCUUAUACAAGCUAUAUCCUCCUGAAGCCAAAGAUACACCAGAUGCCCCUGCCAUGGCUGCAAGGAAACUGGAACACAUGGGCCCUGUCACCAGAAAUGAGUGGGCGAUGGUUGGUACAAUGCUUCUUGCAGUCUCUUUGUGGGUCUUUGGAGAGGCUCUUGGUAUAGCAAGUGUUGUAGGUGCAAUGAUAGGCUUAUCGAUACUCCUUUUGCUGGGAGUCCUGAAUUGGGAGGAUUGCUUAAGUGAAAAAUCAGCAUGGGAUACCUUGGCUUGGUUUGCGGUUCUAGUGGGUAUGGCUGGACAAUUGACAAACCUUGGUAUCGUCGCCUGGAUGUCUGAUAGUGUGGCCAAGUCCCUCCAGUCUCUCUCUCUAAGUUGGUCAGCGGCAUUUGGCAUUCUUCAGGCAUCUUACUUCUUGAUCCACUACCUCUUUGCAAGUCAAACAGGUCAUGUUGGAGCUUUAUACUCUGCAUUCCUUGCAAUGCACUUGGCAGCGGGGGUUCCUGGCAUGUUGGCAGCUCUGGCUUUGGCUUACAACACUAAUCUUUUCGGUGCUAUAACACAUUAUAGCAGCGGUCAGGCUGCUGUAUACUAUGGAGCUGGUUACGUUGACCUUCCCGACGUAUUCAAAAUGGGCUUCAUAAUGGCUCUUACAAAUGCCGCCAUCUGGGUAGUAGUUGGAGGAUUUUGGUGGAAGUUUUUGGGCCUCUAUUGAUUUUCAGUUACAACAUAAGUAAAUCUGGUGUAUGUUGUCCUGUUGAGGACAUUGUUGAGCUCCCACUUUUUAUGUCGAAGAAACUUUUCAUUUUUAGUAGUUAUUUUUAUGAGCUUGAGCUCUGUUUUAAA